AUGAAGUUCUCAGUACUCACCUUCAUCACUCUGGCCGCUUCAUCGGUCUAUGGCUCAGCCAUUGAUGUCACUGUCGCCAAAGACGUCGACAGCUAUGUCAACCUCGAGACUCGUGCCACAUGCUGGAAGUCCGACAUGCAAGCCGUCAAGGACCGUAUCAACCACUACAAUGUCUUCUGCCAGAUGUACAAUGCCCAGUAUUUGACUGGAGCAUGCUCAUGUAUCCUCGCCCAGUGGAACAAAGUAGCAAACCCUACAUCUGUUCCCUCCACAGGAUCAAACACUUGCGCCGCAUCAGACAUCAACCUGAUCAAGAACGAAGCACCCAGAAACUUCCAAUCAUACUGCAGAUGGUGGGGCUUGAUUUACCGCACACGCUCAGCCAUCCCUGGAGUCAGUGCCGACCAAAUCACAAAAUCCUGCAAGUGCCUGCUCGACUCUUAUGCAACCCCAUCCACCACCGCCAAGCCUACUUCCACCAAGGCUGCAGCCACCUCUGCUCCUGCUUGCAAGAAGCGCAGAAAGGUCCGCAGAACCGUCACCGUCGAGGUUCCCGCCGAGGCCACUCCUUCUGUUUAA